UGGCAACAGCAGCACCGGAAGCAACGGAGAAAUAGCAGCAAGCAACGCUAAGAAUUCUGUGCAUAUGUGAAAAACAUGACAAAUUAUUUGAGCCCGCAUAACUCGGAUUAAAAGCAACAAGCAAACAGGGGAGCCAGUGAGCAUAAAAACAAGCUUAAGGCACCCAACAACAAUUACAGCAAAUACACAUAUCCAAAAGGUGUGACACAAAGCAGCCACCAAUCCUCGCACGCAAUAAAAUGCGCUGUCGACGGGCAGCGGCACCAGCGACAGCAGCAGCAGCAGCAGAAGAGGGAGUAGAGGGAGAAGUUGAGAGCUCGACAGCCAGAGGAAGUGGCAGAGGCACAGCAACAACAACAGCAAACAGAGCAAAGGCUAAAGCAAAAGUUGCUGGCAGGAGAGAGCGAGGCAUCGGAUUUGCUGCUGCUGGAUCGGGAGUCAAGGGAGCUGGCAGCAUACUGCUGGCAUUUCUGGCAGCUGUCAGCUUUCGUGGCAUGCCACGCACCCCGCUUUCGGCAAGUGCGACGCUGCUUGGAGACAACUCGACGCUAAUUGCAGAAACGAAUAGAGCAACUGUCACGGCAGCAGCAGCAACAACAUCGUUACUGGAGGCGGGGGGAAUGCGGGGCAAUCAAGUGACCAUUGAGCAGGCCACAACAGAUGAGCAAACUGUGGAUAUUUGGAGCGAGCGACCCGAUACGGCAACAUUGACAAAGGGCUUCUCGAUACCCACGUAUUUGCCACCUUUUCCGGACUUUAUUCCUGCUGAUUUGCCACAAACGACGGUGACAUCGACAGCAGCAGUGGCCCAUACAAAUCUCCCCACGGGCAGUGGGGAGAACAGCAACAGCAACAAUAAUGUCAACAAUAUUGGCUCCAUGCAGUCAUUCCCUAAUAAGGAACACUCGCAGCCUCGCCUCCACGCCUACGAUAGCGAAAAGAAGGAGCAGGAACUGCGGCGGGCCAAGCAAUUGGCUCGUGAGAGACAGCAGCUGCCUCGACGGCAACUCAGUCUGCCAUCCCGAAACAUAACAGUCCAGGUGGGCCAGAAUGCCUAUCUGCCAUGCCAGCUUCAUCAGCACUCGAGCAAGCCGCUCUCAUGGGUGCGAUUGCGAGACGAACAUAUCAUAGCCGUGGAUCACACCACCUUCAUCAACGAUGCCCGUUUCGCAGCCCUGCUGCAGUCUCCGUCUCCGUCUCCAUCUUCGUCAUCAAAUGUCACCGGCACCCCCUUGGACAGCACAAAUGUGAGCAGCCUCAGCUGGACGCUGUUAAUCAAGUACGUUCAGCUGCAGGACAAUGGCUGGUAUGAAUGCCAGCUGGCCACUGAGCCCAAAAUGAGUGCCAAAGUCCAGUUGCUUGUGAUAACACCAAAAACCGAAUUGAUUGGCGAUAAGCAACGUUUUGUCAAGGCCGGCAGUCGAGUCGAGAUGCACUGCAUUGUGCGUGGCACCUUGGAGGCACCCAAAUACAUUGUCUGGUACUGGGGAGAUCAACAGGUGAUGGCCGAGAAUGAAAAUGGCUUGGACAAUGGCUGGUACACUCAGAUCGAUCGCAAUAUCUUUGGCAACACCGAACACAAUCGAAAUACGAUUGGCAGCCUGGUUAUUCCGGUGGUGCGAAAAACCCAUUCGGGUAAUUAUACGUGUGAGCCGGAGAAUAGUCAAGCGGUUUCCAUACAGCUGCACGUACUCAGCGGCGAGUAUUCCGCCUCGGCUAUUAAGUCGAUGGCAACUGGCUUACACAGACAUGGCCAUGGCUAUAACAGUCUGCAUCAGUGGCUAAUCUUUUUGCUUGUGGCUCUGAACAAGACAUGAACUCUGCUCAGCACGGACAUGCAGAGUGCACAAUUGGGGCAUUAUCUGUUUAAGAAAUCGUAUUAGAUAAAUCUAUAGGUAAAUUUUGCACACAUUCUAAAAGUACGAGUAUUUUUACGACUAUUGCCAAACAACAACAACAACAGCAACUGCAACAGCAACUUGUGAGAGUUCACGUUGAGAUCGAGCUCCAAGAUUUUUUCACAUCAUUUAAGCACAGUCUUUUAUACCAUCUCUAGAUAAUAAUAUCAUCUCUUUUGUUAUAGCUUAUAAACAACAACAAAAAAAAACACGUAGAUUGCUAAGCAUUUGUAAUUUUAAGCAUUCAAUUGUGUUAGACACUAAGAUAUUUGAUUAAAUAAAGCCAAAGGCAUGUUAAGUAAGGACAAA